AUGGCUUCUUCUUCCGUGCUUCUCGGAGCCUCGGCCACGGCCGCGCUCACCGGCACCCCGGCAGGCAAGGCCCUUCCCCGGCCUUGCUUCCUCGCCGCUCGCCCGCGCACCGUGAGCGGCGGCCGCCUCUGCCUGCAGAACGCUCCAAGGGCGACUCCGGCGUACAACGACGCUGCGGAUGCUACCGACAAGGCCAUCGACGGCGUGAAGGGGGUGGCCGACGAGUUGAAGAAGGGCGUGGCGGAGGCGGCUGAGGCCGUCUCGGGCAACACCGAGAAGGCCGCGGAGGAAGCCGGCAAAGGCGCGAGCGAGGUGGACGAGAAGGCCAAGGACUUCGGCGAGCAGGCGAAGAAGGCGACGGAGGAGGCGUGGGACGGCGCCAAGGACGCCGCACAGGGCAUCACGGACAAGGUCGCGGACGCGGCCAAAAAGGAAGCUAACUAA